AUGGCCCAGUCCCCUCCUCUGCAGACCCUCGACCACUGGAUCUUACCCCAGGGUUGGGGCUGGGCCGGGCACUCGGACUCCACGUCCCCGGCCUCCUCCUCGGAUUCGUCGGGCUCGUGCCCCUGCGACGGCGCCCGCGGCGCCCGCGCCCCCGCGGCCGCCCCGACGGCGCCCGGACGAGCGCGCGCCGCCCCGGCCGGCGGGCAGCGGCAGAGCGCCAGCGAGCGCGAGAAGCUGCGCAUGCGCACGCUCGCCCGCGCCCUGCACGAGCUGCGCCGCUUCCUCCCGCCGUCCGUGGCGCCCGCCGGCCAGAACCUGACCAAGAUCGAGACGCUGCGCCUGGCCAUCCGCUACAUCGGCCACCUGUCGGCCGUGCUGGGCCUCAGCGAGGACAGCCUGCAGCGCCGGCGCCGGCGCCGCAGCGACGCGGCGCUGCCCCGGGGCUGCCCGCUCUGCCCCGACGGCGGCCCCGCGCAGGCGCAGGCGCAGGCGCAGGCGCGCGGCCGCGUGCUGGGCUCAGCCACUCCCGUCGGGGAGUUCUGGGGACCCCCACCCGCCUGUCCCGGCGCCCCAGAGGCUCCCGAACGCUUGGGAAGCAGGGUCUCCGACGUGGGUCCCUGGGUCUCACCCCGUUAUUGUCCCGGGAUGCAGUCGCUUCCGCAAGUGCCCCAAGGGAGGGCCCCCGAUGCGGCCCUUUGGACGCCGCCCCAAGCCGGUUCCGGAACCCAGACACCCCCCCAGCCCGGGACCCAGGCCACGCCCUGGGCACCACCCCCCGCCGCCCGGGAGCCGGCUGCAGUGUACCAGGGUAUCUCUGUGUCUCCGGAGUCCUGUCUGUUGGCAGAAACCUCACACCUCCUGCCCGGCCCAGAAUGCCAGAGACUCCAGCCUCAGACCCAGUGGGGAUACUGGAGCCACAGUGCAGAGGUGCUCCCCAACUCAGAGGACCAGGGACCAGGCUCCACCUUCCAUUUCAGUGAUGAAAGCCCUCUCCAGAGCUCAGGCCUGCAGCUCAGUGGCUGUCCUGAACUUUGGCAAGAAGAUUUGGAAGGGGGCCACCUGAACAUCUUCUUCUAA